AUGCUGGGCCAACUCGUGGGAUCCGCCAUGCUUUUGGCCGCUACUGCGAUCUUCCUCUACUACACGGCGUGGACACUACUUAUGCCAUUCGUCGACCCUGGCCACCCCCUCCAUGCCUUCUUCCUUCCUCGCGUAUGGGCAAUCCGCAUCCCCGUGUUUUUGACGCUCCUGGGCUCGGCCGUGGUUGGUACGUUCAUUGGAAUUGUGAUGAUCAACAGCAACAAGAAGAAGGCGGCCAAGGCCAAGGCUGCUGCCGCGAAGAAGAAGACCUGA